UCCGGAACUAGCAGACACAGCGAAAACGCUGUCCGUUAAAAUUGAAAACAGUUUGAAUCAAUUUAAAUCAGUUUGAGAGUGACUGUGCACAGUUAACUUAACCGUUGCAUACUUUUAGGCAUUUCAUUUGUUUUGUGAGUGUGCUUCAAGCCGCCUUCUCUACUCGUCCGUGUCGCUUAGUAGUUGACAGUAAAAUAAAAAAACCAAUUAACACGGUCUUAACUGCAAACAAGGAGCACUUUUCAUAACAACCAGAACAAUGCAAUCCGUGCACAAAACUGCACAGAGGAGCAAGUGGAUGCUGCUGCUGCUCUCGAUGCUACUCAAUGCGGCAAUGCAGCCACGCGCGUUUGCCGUAAAUGCCACAGAGGAUAUUGGAAAUGUGUCUCCCUGUGAAAUGGAGUCGAUAAUAAAUCAACUCAUGAAUCCCAGUCCGGAGUAUCAGCUACACGCUUCCGCAUUGCGCAAUCAACUGAAGAAUCUGCUGCGGGAACGUCAACUGGCUGUGGGAGAAGAGCAGCCGCUGGGCGAUUACUCCGAUUACAUAGAUGAGGACAAGCGUUCGGUGGCUGCGUUGGCCGCCCAGGGAUUGCUGAAUGCCCCCAAGCGCAGUCUGGCCACACUGGCCAAGAACGGUCAACUGCCCACAGUUGAGCCUGGUGAUGAUUAUGCCGAUGCUGAGUCUGAAGAGCCCAGCGAACAGAAACGCUACAUUGGCUCCCUGGCCAGGGCUGGUGGCCUAAUGAGCUUCGGCAAACGAAAUGUGGGCACCCUGGCACGCGACUUUCAGUUGCCCAAUGGCAAACGCAAUCUGGCCACCAUGGCACGACUCCAGAGUGCACCAAGCACCCAUCGGGAGCAGCCGAAACGCAAUGUGGCCGCCGUGGCACGUUACAACUCGCAACAGCAUCAGAAUCAGCGCGGCAGCGCCGAGAAACGCAAUCUGGGUGCAUUGAAGUCAUCUCCGGUGCAUGGAGCUCAGCAGAAGCGCGACGAGGAGGAGAUGCUGCUCCCAGCUGCUGCUGUGCCCGACUAUGCCGACUCCAUGCAGAGCUAUUGGUGGUAUCCCAGCUAUGCCGGCUAUGCUGAUCUCGAUUGGAAUGACUAUCGACGCGCCGAGAAGCGUUUUCUGGACACCUCAAGGGAUCCCGAAUUAUUUGGCAUUGAGCAUGGCAAUGAUGCCGUUGCCGAUAACGAUAUCGAUAUCAAUAUCGAUAACAUUGUCAUGGCCGAGAAGUUGGAGGAGCAGCAACAGCUACAGCAGCAACAACAACAGCAACAACAACAGCAAUUAACGUCACCACAAAAGCGUCACAUUGGCGCCGUUUAUCGAUCUGGCUUUCUGCCCAGUUACCGUUAUCUGCGCAGCCCCACCGGAAGCACCGGAGGUGGCUAUGGCGGCGCCGGGGGUCGCUUUAGUCGAUCGGGACGUGCCAGGCAAUUUGUCGAGUACUACCCCCAACACGAGCGACUGCGUCAACCAAUCGCAGCCGUUUGUAAACGAUGUUUCCUACCCAAUCGACCGAUGAUGAACUGGAGCGGUGCUGGCAUACGUGGUCGUCUGUCCAAAAUCUAUGAGGAUCCCAUUGAGACGGCCAGCUCCUCGGCGGCAGCAGCUGCACGUCAUCGCAGUAUUUCAACUAAUUCUCUGCCAAGUGGCCCAGCCAGCUCUCGCACCCCAUCUUAUCCACCCUUCCACUCGUGGGGCACUCCGCCGCGUAUAACAGCACUGCAACGAGGCGUCAAUCGACGCAACGGUGAGUCCAUGGACAAGUACGAUUACUAAACA